GUCCGACAUGUCCCGUAGUCUUUGUGCAACUGUCCCAGCCAUAAACUACAAGUAUUAAUAAUAACAUACGCGUACCCCGGGAGCAAGACAUAACCACCCAACAUGGCAGAAACUAUUAUAAUUCGUGUGCAGUCAGCAGAAGGGAUGAAGCGGAUCCCAUCCACCAAGAGGGAAACAGCAGCAAGUUUCCUAAAGAAGGUAGCCAAGGAGUUUGGAUGUAGCUUGAGUGGAUUCUCCAUUUACCAGAACCGGAACAAGACUGGACAGAUUGUGUCACAGAACAAAACACUCAGCCUUCUCAAGAUUAAACAUGGGGACAUGCUUUUCCUAUACCCCUCUGGAGGCAUCAGGGACAUGGCCACCCCUCGCUCCUCCAUGUCGACACCCUCCGAAGCGUCCUCAUCCCUGUCGCACUCUCGCUCCAUGUCCCAGAUCCAGGUGGAUGACAUUGACCAGUACCUGGCCAAGCAGGACGGCAAGAUCUAUAGGAAGAGAGAUCCACAACUGUGUCGCCAUGGUGCCAUGGGGAAGUGUGUGCACUGCGUUCCGCUGGAGCCCUUUGACGAGGACUACCUGAAUCACCUGGACCCGCCUGUCAAGCACAUGUCCUUUCACGCGUACAUCCGCAAGCUGACUGGUGGGGCUGACAAAGGGAAGUUCGUGGCCUUGGAAAACAUCAGCUGUAAGAUCCGAUCGGGCUGUGAGGGCCACCCACCGUGGCCGGACGGCAUCUGCACCAAGUGCCAGCCCAGCGCCAUCACCCUCAACCGGCAGAAAUACAGACACGUGGACAACAUCAUGUUUGAGAACCACACCAUCGCCGACCGCUUCCUGGACUUCUGGCGGAAGGCGGGAAGCCAGCGGAUGGGCUACCUCUAUGGCAGGUACACCGAGCACAAGGACAUCCCGCUGGGCAUCCGGGCCGAGGUGGCUGCCAUCUAUGAGCCUCCACAGAUAGGAACACAGAACAGCCUGGAGCUUCUGGAAGAUCCCAAAGAGGCAAUGGUAGAGGAGAUAGCAGCCAGGUUAGGUCUCCAUAAGGUGGGAUGGAUAUUUACAGACCUGCUCUCCGAGGACGUGAGGAAAGGCACCGUAUGGUUCACCAGGAACAAGGACUCUUACUUCCUGAGUGCUGAAGAGUGCAUCAUGGCUGGAUACUUCCAGAACAAACACCCCAACCCCUGUCGUCUCUCCCCCGAUGGGCACUUUGGAUCUAAGUUUGUCACAGUGGUGGCGACAGGGGGCCCCGACAAUCAGGUACACUUCGAGGGCUACCAGGUGUCCAACCAGUGCAUGGCGCUGGUGAGAGAUGAAUGCCUCUUACCCUGCCGUUACGCCCCUGAGCUGGGCUAUGUCAAGGAGUCCAGCACAGGGCAAUAUGUGCCUGAUGUCUUCUACAAGGAUAAGGAUAAAUUCGGCAAUGACAUCACCUUUCUGGCCAGGCCUCUUCCUGUGGAGUACCUGAUCAUAGAUAUCACCACCACCUUCCCCAAGGACCCUGUCUACACCUUCACCUCCACAUGCCGCUUCCCCAUUGAGAACCGGGACCUGCUGGGCGAGACACAGGAUUUCCACAGUCUGGCCUCAUACCUGUCUCAAAGCCCAUCAGAGUGCUUCCUGGCCCUUGUGUCUGACUUCCACCUUCUGCUAUUUCUGGUGACCAACGAGGUCAUGCCCCUGAGGGAGAGCAUCGGCCUUCUCCUCGAUGCAGUUAAGACAUCAAAUGAGGAGCUGGCUCAGACCUGGAGGAAAUCGGAGCAGUGGGCGACCAUUGAGCAGCUGUGCGGUACUGUUGGUGGGCAGCCUUCUAUUGCAGAUGACUAUGCAGCCUUGGGCGAGGCCUCCAUCCCAACAUCCUCCUUUGCCCUCUGGUCCUGCCCACACUGCACCUUCAUGAACCAGCCGGGCACAGAGCUCUGCGAGAUGUGCAGCCUUCCACGCAGUUAGUUGCAAUCUGCCCCCCCUCAUGAUCUGCGUCCUUAUACUUUGGUCCUGUGGUCUGCCAUGGAGCGGGCUGCUGGAGGGAGGGCGUUGGAGCAGGAGUUUGGCCAGUCUGGAGUCCAAACUGGAAUGCGGUUUAAGCAGCUGGCCAGGGCUUGCUAGGAAAUGUUGCUUUUUCAAUUGAGUUUAGAAUUCUCGCAGCCUUUUUACCAUCCCUCUCAUGUUCAGCUUCUUUGGCCCGUUUAAGACGUGCACUUACACUUGGACGUAUGUGUAUCUCGCUGUUGGGGAGGACACUUGUUUCACUCUUCAUUCUUCAUUGAGGUUUGAAGCCCCAUCUUCCCUGAGAUCUUCAGGUCAAACAUAUUAGAAAUCAGAGAUGGGACUCUUCAAUGCACAAGAAGGUUUGUUUUGGAGCUUGCUUCUAUAGGCUCUACAUAGACAGAUUCUGGGACGUGUACAUCCCUUGGAGGGCGUCUGUACCCCGCAACAUGCUGAGGACGUAAGGUAGCCGCUGAUCUGGUUGGACACCAAGGUGUCAUGCGCGGCUGUAUGUAGUUUGCUGUUCUUAGAUGGUCCCCUACUAGCCUUACUUAUGCAUGAAGAUGAUUCCUGUAUGGAUGAAGCUUUCGGCUAUAGCAGGAAGUGUAAAAGCCCGGCAUUAAUUCAAUAAAAGCUGUCUACGGCA